AUGAAGAUUGCCGCAGCACUUACAUGCGCCGGGGCCGCGGCGCACGCCUCCGUCAUUGCCCCCAAAGAUGGACAGUCCAUCUCCAUCCCCCCCACCAAGCCCGACGAUGCGAUCGUGGUUCCCAAGGACUUUGUUGGCUUCGGCAUCGAGUCGGCCUUCCUAAACAACUUUGCCAAUGACUUUUCCGAGAACCUCGUCAGCGCCCUCGCCGCACGGAUGAGCGCGCCGCCCGUGAUGCGCAUCGGCGGCACCAGCGGCGACUAUUUUCUCUUCGACGCGCACCAAAAGGAGGACAAGGUUUGCUUCCACGGCAAGUGUGGCAGCCACGAUGCCAGCUACCUGCUGGGCCAAAGCUUCUUCGAUGGGUACAAGCGCUUCAAGGAUGCAAGGUUCAUCGUGCAGGCGCCGCUCGGGAACCCCAUAAACACGACCAACACUCUGGCGUUUGUGACGCGUGCGUGGAAGAAUCUAGAUGGCGGCAGGCGGGUGCAGGCCAUUGCACUUGGGAACGAGGUGGAGUUCAUCUACAGAGCCGGGGCCAAGGCCUACGUGGAUGCGGCGUUGAGCCUGCAGGCCAGCAUCGUGAAGGAGUUGAAGCUGCAAGGCGGCGCGGCAAACAUCUUUGAAGCUGGAAACACGGCAAGUGGAACCGUUACAGGCAACAAGCUAUAUCAAGUGUAUGUGCCAAAGACGCGCAAGAGCAUCAAGGGCAGUGCUGUGCUAUUUGAUCUUCUAACGCUGACAUACCCCAGCAAGGAAAUCCUCGACGCCAACUUCAACAAGAAUGGCCGUAUCUCGACGACAGCGGAGCACUGGUAUCAAAUUUCCGGGGACCAUCCGUGGACGGACCACACCAUGCAAAGUCUCAUGAUCAACCACACUGCCAUUUCUGAACGCUUCGGCCCCUACCUUCCAAGCAUCAAGGCCACUCGCGACCGCAAGCUCGACUACGCCAUCACGGAGGACUCGGCUGUCCUCGGAGGCGCCCAGAUUCAUUUCUCUGGCGGCUUUGGGUACACGCUUUGGGCCGUCGACUUCAACCUCGCGGCCAUGGCGCGAAGCGUGGCCCGAGUCACCAACCUGGCUGGACGUCCCAAUGCCAAGCGUGUCUUUUGGACGCCGGACAACACCGGCGGCGAGCCGAGCCCCGGGCCGCAUGUGCGUGCGCCGUUUCCCGCAGCCAUUUUUGUCGCCGACUUCAUCGGCAAGCGCAGCCCCUCGGCCGUGAAGGAGAUCAAGACGCAAGGAGACUUGACGAGCGCGUACGCCAUGUACGACGAGAAGUCGGGUACGCUGCGGCGGGUCGCGCUCGUCAACAUGCGGCUCUACAACGGAACGGCGAGCACGAACAGGCAACGCCUGUCGUUCCAGGUCAACGUCGGCAGCGGCGUCAAGCAGGUCAAAGUCCGGCGACUGCGCGCGGACAAGGGCGUCGCGGCCAUGGGAUACGACUUUGGGGGGCCGAGCAACAAUGUCUCGUGGGCUGGAGAGCAGUGGAGCCACGGCGUGGACUUUGGCAAGGGACAUUUCCGCACUGGCAAGGUUGAAGAACACGUGGUCAAGGUCGAUAAUAACGGUGUUGCCUUGGUGGUUGUCCCGGACAGCGAGGCCGUCAUGCUCCUCGUAUGA